CACAAGCGGUCGGGGCAGAGUUUCUUUCCCUUCUGUGUGGACUGUUCGGCAGCUUCGCCGGCACGUUCAACCUGGCAGUACCCACGGCAGGGAGAAGCGCAGGGAUGUUCCUGUCAUGCCUGAGAGGGGUCACAAGUUCUUAAUGGCUUUGUCAUCACAAAGGAAACAAUCAUUCGGGGAAACUGCCAGCAGGAAAACUAUGUGUCGAUCGGGCAAGGUCACCAGGAUGAUGGCCUCGCAGGAGCACGUCUGGCCUGUCCCAAUGAAGGCAAUCGGAGCACAAAACCUUCUGACAAUGCCUGGAGGAGUGACCAAGUCGGGGUAUCUUCAUAAAAAAGGAGGCACCCAGCUGCAGAUCUUGAAGUGGCCACUGAGAUUUGUGAUUAUCCACGAGGGAUGUAUCUACUAUUUUAAAAGCAGCACAUCUGCAUCUCCCCAGGGUGCCUUUUCUUUGAAAGGUUACAACAGGGUUAUGCGGGCAGCUGAGGAGACAACAUCAAGUAAUGUGUUUCCUUUCAAGUUAGUUCACAUAAGCAAGAAGCACAGGACGUGGUUUUUUUCAGCUUCUUCUGAAGAUGAAAGAAAGAAUUGGAUGCUGUCCUUGAGGAGAGAAAUUGAUCACUACCAUGAGAAGAAAGAAACAAUAACAGAAUUCAGUGACUCUGGUUCUGAUGCAGACAGUUUCUAUGGCUCAGUAGAACGUCCCAUCGAUAUCAAGUAUUCUCAUCAUUCAGCAGAUAAUGAAGAUUACGAUCAGGAGGAAGAGGAUGAGUCCUACUUGCAGCCAGAUACUUGUGACAUAGUGAAAGAUGAUAUGGUCCUGCCCCCAGCAUACCCACCUCCACCCGUUCCUCAUGUCAGAAAAGCUGCCUACACAGAAGCAAGGGCAAAUUCCUACGCUGGCAAACCUACUGCUCCAGCACCCCCACCACCUCCCAAGAGGAGCUUACCUGAUAUCAAACUGGAGGAUCUCGUAACCACGAGAGAGCCGCAGCUGCAGUGCCGAGCUGAGCCCAGCCUAAAGGUUCAGUCCUCCAGCCGGAGACUGAGUGAGCAGCUGCCCCCUGUGCCCUCUUUGCCUGUUUUCAAGAAGCCUGCAUGUGUCAAAGAAUCUCACCCACUGCCUCCAGACCCUCUGCCUCCAGCCCAAGUUCUUGCUCUUCCAGAAGGAUGUGAGAAGCUAAAAAACUUAAACCUUUCACCGCGAACUCCUCCUCCACUCCCAGCCAAUAAACCCAAGCUGUCGCAGCUCACUGAAAAACCAGUGGAGCCCAAAGUGCCAAGAGAACACGGUAAACCUGGACUGUUUGUGCCACCAGUGCUCCCAAAGCCACCUGUGCCAAGCCACCAGCCCCCAGGAAUCAAGCCUAGAGCAGAGAAAUCUUCAUGUCCCCAGUUACAGAGGUCACCACCAGAUGGACAGAGUUUUAGAAGCUUUUCAUUUGAAAAACCAGCACUACCCUCCAAGCCAAGCCAACCUGACAAUGAUGACUCUGAUGAUGAGUAUGAAAAAGUUGGGCUGCCUGCUUCAAUAUUUCUUAAUACCUCUGAAUCCUUCGAAGUGGAAAGGAUAUUUAAAGCUAGUAGCCCUCAAGGACGACCGCAGAAUGGAUUGUACUGUAUUAGGAACUCCUCUACUAAGCCUGGAAAGGUAUUGGUUGUAUGGGAUGAACAUGCAGGAAAAGUGAGAAACUACAGAAUCUUUGAGAAGGAUGACAAGUUUUACCUGGAUUCAGACAUCAUGUUUUUGAACAUGGGAAGUGUGGUUGAAUACUACAGCACUCAUGUCUUACCUAGUCACGACAGCCUGAUGCUUCGGUGUCCUUAUGGCUACUCCAAACCAAGGUGACACGACAGCCCUAGUUCACUGACACUCCCUGCCCCUGAGUUAACUCUGGACUCCUGCCACUGCUGGACAUGCUGUUGUUUGCACACCCAAACUGAGUCUCUUCCCACCAUUUAUUCUCACACGAAUUGUACAUAAACGCCAUGUAAUGAACUCUUGGUAAAACCUUACAGUCCAGAUCGGUGGACUUGAUGGUCUUUUCUUUUAAAAAGAUCUGAACUGAUGAUGCUGGAAAAGCUGUCCAGGAUACCCAGACUUUUUACAAAACUGCUGCUAUUACUAAUCUCUUUGGAAUGUCAAAGAAGGGCAUGAACAAAGAAGUGGUCUGAAUACAACUGAUCCAGAAAAUGGGGACUUGUGGACAUCUAUCAGAAUUUACUUGUGACAGGGAAUACUAAUACUCUGACUUGAAGGUAGUACUCCUAAAGUCAGCACUGGUGCUCAACUGAGAUAUUCUUUUGUACUACUUGUAUAGUUGACAUGUAAAUAACGAAGACUUCUGUGCAAACUAUUUGAUUUACUGUGGGUAAAGAUGAUCAGGAAAUCCGGCUUUUUUUUAAGCCACCUCAUACAUGCACGUACCUUCCGAGUACAGUGGCUGCAGCAAUCACUGUCAGGUGCUGUCCAGCUGAUACACUUGUGGC